CCGAAGCCUAUCCCAUGUAUCAGUUAUCUCUGGCAGUUGGCCGAAGCCUAUCCAGUGUUGCCCCUGAGGCUGCCCCUCGAAUUUCUCACUGACAAUCGGAAACUGUCUCCAAUUCUCGCUGGGGAAGGCCGUCUUCAAUUCCAGUUGGUCACGCAAGCCCCUUUUGACUCUGCUAGCAUGAAACCCAUGGCUGCAGUUACAUGCACCAAGCAUCUGGUGGUAUGCAAGUCAACAGUAUAUGUUGCAAGAUUGGAGGCCCAGAAGAAGGUGAAGCAGAAUGGUUUAGAUGUCAGAUGUAGAAUUGUUUCAAGAGACUUCUCAUCACAAGAAAACAUAGAGACAAACCAAAAUGCAAGAACAAGAGGAGACUUGGACCAUUUUGAGAUAGUUAUUAAACAGCAACUGAAGCAUCAACAUAGGCAAACAAAAGUGAAGGACUUCAACGGGAAAGUUCCAGUUCCAAGAGUUUCUGUUUCUUUGUUAAGAGGAUGGGGUAAUGGAGGGCCCAAUCAUAACGACCGACUACAAACCAUGCACCAUCUGCAGAAGUUCCAGAAAUUGCCUGCAAACAGUGCUUUUUUUAGUCAAAAGUCCCUUCGGGAACUGGGUUGCAAUGAUGACAUGAUCCAAUCCCUAAGGGGUCAGUCUAUCCUACGGCCUUCAUGGAUUCAGGCCCUGGCAUUUGCACCUGUUAUUAGGGGCAAGAGCUGCAUUAUAGCUGAUCAAAGUGGCUCUGGAAAGACUCUAGCAUAUCUUCUACCAAUAAUUCAGCGUCUUAGACAAGAAGAGCUCCUAGGACUUAGAAAAUCCUCAGCACAAAAUCCUCAAGUUAUUAUAUUGGUGCCAACUGCUGAGCUGGCUCGUCAGGUUUUAAGUAACUGCAGAUUGAUUUCAAAAUUUGGGGUUCCAUUCCGUUCCAUGGUAGCCACUGGUGGUUUUCGACAGAGAACCCAACUAGAAAGUCUCCAUCAGAACUUGGAUGUACUAAUAGCUACACCAGGUCGUUUCAUGUUCCUAAUCAAAGAAGGCUUAGUGCAGUUAACAAAUCUGAGAUGUGUUGUGUUUGAUGAGGUUGAUUUACUGUUUAACAAUGAGGAAUAUGAGCCAGUAUUGCAAAGUUUAACCAACUCCUCGCCUGUUACCACGCAAUAUCUAUUUGUGACUGCCACUUUACCAGUGGACAUAUACAACAAGCUACUUGAAAUUUUUCCAGACUGUGAAUUGAUCAUGGGACCUGGUAUGCACCAUACAAGCACUAACCUUGAGGAGAUUAUUCUUGAUUGCAGUGGAGAUGAAGAAACAGAGAAGACUCCAGAUACAGCAUUUCAAAAUAAGAGAUCUGCUCUUCUGCAGCUUGUGGAGCAAAGUUUAGUAUCCAAAACAAUCAUUUUCUGUAACAAGAUUGAGACAUGCAGGAAAGUUGAAAACUCGUUGAACCGACUCGAUAGAAAAGGGAUUCACAUGAGAGUUUUACCAUUUCAUGCUGCCAUAACUCGAGAAUCACAGCUUGCAAAUAUGGAGGAGUUCUGUAGUUCCCAAGUGGCGGGCAAGUCUCUGUUUUUGGUUUGCACUGAUAGAGCUUCAAGGGGAAUUGACUUUUCCGGCGUUGACCAUGUUAUACUAUUUGACUUUCCCCGUGAUCCAAGUGAAUAUUUACGCCGUGUUGGAAGAACAGCUCGAGGUGCUGGAGGGAAGGGUAAGGCCUUCAUAUUUGUGGUUGGCAAGCAGGUGUCUCUUGCUCGAAGGAUAAUUGAAAGAAAUAAGAAGGGUCAUCCUCUGCAUGAUGUGCCAUCUGUGUAGGCAUAUGAUGAGUCGUGAAAUCUGCAUUAGGCCAUGAGGUAAAAGGAUGUUUGGACUUCUUGUUGAGGGAGAGACAACGUUCGUUGGUCAUACAAAAUACAGGUCAGUGUAACUGCAACAAAUUAAUUCAACCCCUCUGAGAAGCGGCUGGCAGUUCUCCUGCAGCAGCAGUAAUCACACUUUGGAACUACAAGCAUAAAAUGCUCUUCUGCUGUGAACUAAUUUUGUGCUCUUCUUUUGUUUAUUGAUCGCAUCAUUUAGUUGAUUACUCUUAAUUUCAGUGUAAUACUGUAAGUAACUCAUAAGGUAAGGUACUUGAUAUGAGAAUAUUGGUCCAUCUGUGCUUUUUGCGUUCAUAAUAGUCCAUCUGAAUUAAAUUCUUAAUGCAAAUCAUCAUAGAGUUGGUAGUGCUGUCAA